AUGCAAUACAACGUAUAUCUGGGGGAAAUUGGGUUGGGUGGUCUUGGAGGUGGAGUCAUUCUCGAAGAAAUAGCCAGAGAAGAACGAAGUUUUGAGGAAAGGUUGUCAAAUGAAGGGGCGGAGCGACUUCUGGAAAAAAUUGGAUUGGGAAAUCUGAAGAUUGAAUUAGGAAAAAAGAAAACCUACGCCAAAUUAACAGGAGUAGCAGGUCCACUUGUUCUCUUAUUCGAAGACAAUAAAUUCGCUACAGCACUUCCGAGAGCUGCAGCUUUCGUCGAUUUCAAUGUAGUCAUUCCACUCAUAUCAGAGAAUGAUCCAUCUGCUGAUUCAUACGUCGACAAUCGAAUAGUUGCAUUCGACGGAAGACGAGAUCUCGUUUUCCCGAAAUUCUCUUCCACAUAUCUCCGAUGA